AUGGCAGGCCUCCGUUCCUUGGUGCCGAGCACGAGCAGAAUCAUGGGAGGGCCGGCGUCCACUUCCAUUGACCUGCCGUCGGUGGAAAGCCACCGGUUGGAAGAUGAUCCCGAUCGCAGGGCAAGAUGCCUGAAGCACCUGUUGAAGGCGAACCACGUCAGCCACUCGAUUGCGGACAGCAGCGUCGGCUGCUUCCACAAUCAAAUUGUUCACCUCCUCUGCACCGCUUACCUCUUGGGCGCGACCGACGUCCAGAUGCAAGACAUGUACGAGACGGAAAUCAAAUGCCUGAAGCCGUGGACCCCAUCUCCAGCCGAGGUCAUCAACGAGGACUGGAUCGACCUGCUCGGUGACAAGCAAUACCAGCGAGCAUAUGUCGACUUUUUCGAAGACAGCUUCGCCCUGGACUUUGCCUACGACUGGAAGCGCGUCUUGCGGCACUUUCUCUUUCGCGACGACGGCUCAGGCGAUCCUCUACUUCACGGCCUGAUCUGCGGCUUUGGACACACGCUCAUCCAUCUCGCCUACGCCUACGAAAUGGACAGCAAGGAAAUUGCCAUGGAAGCCCUCGGUUUGAUUUGCGUCGAGUACAACUUCCUGCACAAGUACACAAGCGAAUCCUCCUACACGAGGCCUUCCCCGCGGGCCUCGAAAUCACCCAUCGAUCUGCUCAGCAGCAUAUCCACCGACGAACGGUUCCAACGUCCGUCUCGAAAAUUUCAAUACACCAACCUCGAGUCUCUCUUCGACGACCAGGAAGACGUCAUUCUGGAGUACUGGAACGGCUGGGAGCUGGACGAUCCGACGACGCAAUUCCGGCUAUGCCAAGAGGCGGCCGUGACCCUCCUGUCGACGGCUGCCACACCAGGCUCUCGAAAAUACAACUUUUAUCUCGUUCAUCUACUAGCAGCGAGUCAUGCCCUUCGCGUCUUGCUUCCCAUCGUCCCCACCCGUCAUCGCGUCACCCUGCUGAGGCAGUGGUGGUUGCUUGCCAUUGCCGUGUACGUCAUCGAAGGCCGACCGCAGCUCCGUCUGGAGAGCACCUCGGCGGACGCAGGCAGCAAAGAUUGGGCAUACGUGGCAACCCAUGCCCUUUCUUCCGGGUCGUCCAAGGACGCUCACUUCCUCAAAGCGAUCCGCGCGAUGCACGAAGCGGCGAAAACAUGGGGGGAUGACGACGGAAAGUAUCUCAAGGCCGCCGUGACGUUUGUCGAUCACUUCGACGGAUGGACAAUCUAA